CUUUGACUCCCCCCGUUGGUCAAACCUGACUGUAUUUAAAUGCGUUAUUGUGUGAAAAAAAGUUUCGACCUUUGACUUGACAAGUUGCGUGAAGGAGAGAGAGAUGCGUAGAUCGACGAGUGGUUCUAGAGUUUCGGAUCAGUUUGCGGCGAAGACCCCGUCUCCGCCUCGAUCUCAGAGUGUUGCAGCUAUGGACGAUGACGUGGAGCUGCUUUUGCCUAGGUACGACCCGAAUUCUGAAGCGGGGAAGAGAGAGAAUUCAAGAUUCAGAUCUGCAGAAAACGUCAUUCAUCUCAUUCCUCUCAUUCUUCUUCUCUGUGUCGUAAUCCUCUGGCUCUCCUCUCAUUCAGCAGGUUCAAGGAGUUGAGUUCAAGAAGCAACAUG